AUGGGUAUUCAAUUAGACGCUGGCCUGAAAUUCCCCCUCUUCCUCCUCCAUCGCUCUGUGUCGCAGACAUCCCCGGGCUCUUUUCACUUCAGCCAGAUUGUCGAGAGUGCCACGGUCGCGCUGCAUACAGAUAAGCAGCAUCAUCAUGGACCAGAGGAGGCUGUAGCCCAGUUUCUCUUCCCUCGAAACCUGUCAGUCGGCUGGAGACGGCUCAUUCUGUUUCAUGCUCGCGGUAUUAACCUUCAUCAAAAAGGAGUCAGCCUCUAA